GCUUAGGACGGAAGGCAAGUCCUCUCUGUGGCCCCGGUCCACUUCAGCCCAUGGGUCUCCCUCCCUAUUCUGCUUAGUUCUGUACUAUUUAGGGGGCGGUGCAGUAGAAACGGAAGUUCCUUCUAAGCAAGAACAUCUUUUUGCAACUUUGGACCUCAGCGCUUUGUCCAGACUAUAUGUUAAAUGAAUAUUCGUUCAACUGGACUGGACUUUGAGUGUAAGACUCCCAACCAUAGCCCUGUGAGAGUUACAGCUUCCUCCCAUCUGCUUCUCUGAGUUAUUUAUUGUAAUGAGUCUUCAUAGAACAAGUAGAAAGCAUCGCUAAAGGUUACACAGAGUUCUGCAGAACUAGCUCCGGCCUCGUUCUGUUCUCCUUGCCCUCUAUAUCACUAGGUUUCGUUUCCUCAUUUUGCUCCUCCCCAAAGCAAAUGGCUAUGGCCGCUCCAGCAGCAACUGCUGCACGGGACCCGGACCCGGACCAGGUAGCCUGGGAAACCUUCGGGGCUGGGAAAGUGCCGAGUUCCGCACAGCCUGAGACGCCACCGAAGGUAGGAGAAUGGUUCGGGCGUCCCAACAGUGCAGAGUCGUGGGCAGCAGCAGCAACCGCUACAGCAGCCGCAGAGUUCGUGGGGCGGGAGAGGCCCAAGCCGGCGCUCACUUGGCUGUGUUCGGAGCACCCCAGACGGGUGAUCGAGCUGUUCUGCAGCCGCUGCCAGAGCUGCGUGUGCGCCCUGUGUCCGCUGCUGGGCUCGCACCGCAGCCAUCCCGUGCGCCUAAUCCAAGAAGAAGUAGUUUUGAAACAGAAAUCCAUCCAAAAGUGUUUGAAGCAGCUAGCAUUGAAGAAGAAACAGGAAGUGGCCAACAUCAACCAACUAAAUGAGGCUGCUAAUAAUCUUAAGGAACAUUCUGAAGCUGCCAAAAUCUGGCUAACGGGAAAAUUUACGGAACUCCGGUUGCUACUUGAUGAAGAGGAAAUGACUGCAAAGCAAUUCAUUGAUAAGAACACCCAAAAGACAUUUAAAACAUAUGAUGAACAAGUGGAAUUGUGUCAAGAACGAAUUAACAUUAUAAAUAACCUUUCCAAGAAGGUCCAAAGAAUACAUGAACAGCAAGAUCCUGUUCAUUUGCUAAAGGAUUAUACUGUAUCAGAAAAGGAAAUAAUUCGCCAAAUGAGUCCUGCAGAAGUAUGCCAUCCAGUACCUGUCACGUUUGAGCAUGAGAAAAACUAUUAUAGGAACUUAGCAAAAGAUGUUUGUACUACUCUGCAGGUGCCACUGGAAGUUCGCCUUAAGGAAGAUACCUGCAGCCAGCCUUCUGUAUCUUACAAGUCAAAAUCUGGUACCUUACUGAAAAUGGUAUCCACACCUGAGCGUUCCCUCUUCUUAAAAUAUGCCAGAAUCCCAACCCUGGAACCAGACACCAUGCAUCCCCGGCUACGUUUGUCUGAUGACCGUUUGACAGUGACCUGUGUUUGGAUGGGCAAGAUCCAAUUAUGUAAUCCCCAGAGGUUUGAUAAACUGUGGCAAGUGCUGAGCCGGGACUCUUUCUUUUCUGGGAGUCAUUAUUGGGAAGUGGAUUUACUCAACUCUGGGAUAGGUUGGUGGUUAGGAGUGGCCUAUCCUUCUAUUAAACGAAAGGGAAAUUCAGAGGCCAGUCGUUUGGGGUUUAAUAGGCAAUCCUGGUGUUUGAAAAGAUUUGAUCUAGAAUACUGGGCAUUUCAUAAUGGAGAAAGAACACGAAUAACAGUAGAUCAGGAUCCUGAAAGGAUUGGAAUUUUCCUGGACUAUGAAGCAGGAAUUCUCUCUUUUUAUGACAUUACGUGUGGUAUGUCACACUUGCACACAUUUCGCUCAAGGUUCCAAGAACCACUUUAUCCAGCACUGAGGCUAUGGGAAGGAUCAAUAACCAUACUUAAACUGCCAUAGGGCCUCUGUUAAUCCCAAGAGGUGGUUGGUCCCAGUGUAAAUUGUGGACUUUCUUUGCAGACAUAUAGGCAGUACUAUGAUGAUAACAAUAAUAAUAACAAGCACUUAUAUUGCUCUUUAAUGUUUGCAAAAUGGUUUAUAUAUACAUUAUUUCAUUUGAACCUCACCAUUAUCCUAUUUUAGAAAUGAAGACAUUUAGGCUCUUCCCCAUGGUCACACAUCUAAAGUGGAGAAAUUUGAACCCAGGUCUUUCCAACUCCAAGUUCAGCACUUUAUCCCCUAUGCCUUCCCUAGAGGAGGGACCUCAGUCCUACUGGCUAUUUCCCAUCCCUCUAUUACCCUUCAUCCUUUUGUCUGAUCAGACACAUGAUCCUCUUAACAAGUCUCUGUGAAGAGAAACAAAGACUUGAAUAAUACUGGUUCAAAUGUAUUUUUUUUAUGUUAAAAGGAAACAUAAAUUCGAAACCACUGCUUUAGAGAACCAGGCUAGGCAUAUAGGUAUAUCAAAUGAGGUAGUAAUGCUAGAGACGCUAGGUAAUAAUAGGAAUUACUAUAAAGGAUAGAAAUACUAGUAACUAAUACCAGUAAUGUCAUUAUAUUAAGUAGUAAUGUUAAGGAUAAAACAAAGUAAAAGGAUUAAAAGAGAUUAAGCCCAGGAGUCAAUCCAUAUUUUACAAGCUAGGGCUUGGCAAAAUGCAGACCACUUAGUUUAACCUUGGUCCUGGAAGAGAUGCAUCGCUGCUUUGUACUAAUGUUUUAUUCAGCUAACCAAAUUGCUUGUAGAUAAAGGGAAGCAUUGGAAAUAGGAUAUUGUACCAGGAUAACCAGUUUGUGUUACUGUAGAUUAGAAACUAAACAGAGAAACUAAAAGUCUUAGAUGUGAAGGGAAUCUUGAGUAGGGGUCCUUCUAAUCAGGGAUUCUGGGAUCUACUAAGCAAAAGAGCAAAAUGAGGAAAAAUUAAGAAGAAACCCUGCCAUGGCAAAGCAAGUGCACUAAUUUGGAGGGAUAUAGUGUCCAUGUACAUUACGGUUUCCAUAAGGGACUUGUGGCUUUUGACCUUCACUUAUUCAGAAUUGCUGAUCUGGGCAAACAAAUGGCAAGACCUGAUGCAAUAAAGAAAAUUAUUCUUUCUUGUUUCUCAAAACCUAA